UGUUUCACUCAGCAGAAAUCACCACGCAUGCUCUAUCCUCCACUAUUGAACAUCAUCUUAUCAGCGAGAGCCCAGUGGAAAGGGACAGAAAUCAACGCUGCGCACUCCAGACCAUAUACAUCCGGUCAGACUAAUAUGCGAUAGCCUAUACCUAGGCUACAUAUGGUUGAUUGACCAAGCUUUUAACAUUUUCUUUAUUCACCCUAGGACAACAUAUUUGAGUAUAUUACUAGGCCUAGGCUACGAUUGUGAAUUUGGCAGACCAGUCUAUAUUCGCAUCAACACCGCGUUUUGAUCCUAAAGGAUGGCUGAAGCAGAACUACAGGCGUUUACGUCUAUGAUGGACGCACUCGUUCAAAUCAGCUCUAACAUGAAGAGUAUGGAGCGGGAGCUGCAUUGCCCGGUGUGUACUGAGAUGGUGAAGCAGCCCAUCAUCCUGCCGUGCCAGCACAGUGUGUGUCUGCUGUGUGCUGCUGAGGUGUUAAUCCAGAGUGGAUACCCUGCCCCAGACCUCCCCCCAGAGCCCAACUCCCCGGCCGCCUCCCCCAACACACGCUCCCCGCGCGGGGCACGCAGACCCCCGCCCAAGACCACCGACCGCCUGGACCGCGUCCUCAGACCAGGUUUUGGGACGUACCCCGGGCGUCGUCGUAAGGACUUGUCUCCUGCCCCCAUGCUCUUCCCCUGUCCGUCCUGUCACAAGGAGGUGGAGCUGGGGGAGAGAGGACUGACCGAUUGCCUCAGGAAUCUCACCUUGGAACGCAUCGUAGAGAGGUACAGACACACAGUGAGCCUGGGCAGCGUGGCUAUAAUGUGUGGCUUCUGUAAGGCUCCUCAGUCCUUGGAGGCCACUAAGGGCUGUGCUGACUGCAGGUCCAACUUCUGCAACGAGUGUUUCAAGCUCUACCACCCCUGGGGUACUCUCCGCUCCCAGCACGAACACAUACUGCCCACCAACAACUUCAGACCCAAGGUCCUAACGUGUCUGGAGCAUGAGCAGGAGAGGUUGUUGUGGUACUGUCGCUCCUGCCAGAGGCUGCUGUGUCCUGUCUGUAAGCUCCACAGAGUCCACCACGGCCACAAGGUGGCGCCCAUCGCACAGGCCUGCCAGGCACUAAAGGACAAAAUCACCAAGGAGAUCAACUACAUUCUGGCCAAUCAGGACACAGUAAAGGCUCAGAUAACUCAGCUGGAGAGUGCCAUCACACACUUGGAGUUGAACAGUGCGUUGGCGAGGGAGCAGUUGUCCCAGUCUGUGAGGGAGCUGGGGGCGUCUCUAGUGGAGCGACAGGGAGCGUUGACCCUGGCCCUGGAGGGGGCCCGGCUGAGGAGGGGGGAGGCCCUGUCGGCCCAGGUGUCUGAGAGGAGGGGUCUGCAGGAGCACGGCGGUUUAAUGGCCUACACACAGGAGCUGCUCAAAGAGACCGACCAACCCUGCUUCGUACAGGCCGCACGAAUCACCCACAACAGGCUGGUGAAAGCCAUAGAGAAUCUGCAGUGUUUCUCUCUCUCGGCUGAUCCCUCCUUCAGACACUUCCACAUGGACGCCUCCAGAGAAGUGAAACUCAUCAGCAGCAUGGGAUACAUAAGAGCCCCAUUGGCUCCUGUGAUUGACACUCAGCGCACGCUGGCCUAUGACCAGCUGUUCCUGUGCUGGCGACUCCCCCAGGACUCCGCCCCUGCCUGGCACUUCUCCGUGGAGUUCCAGCGGCGAAUGGGAUUGACCGAGGCAGGCUGGGGAGGAGAGGUCAGGAGUCCCAAUGCUCCACUGGUGUGGCAACGCCUGGAGGAGGUGGGCGGGACUAGUGCUGUGAUUGACAGGCUGGAGAUGGACAGUGUGUAUGUGUUAAGGGUGAAAGGAAGCAAUAAGGCGGGGUUUGGAGAGUACAGCGAAGAGGUUUACCUGCACACACCACCCGCACCAGUGUUGUGUUUCUCUCUGGACUCUCGCUGGGGUUUGCAUGCUGACCGACUGGCCCUUGGUAAAGGACAGACGUAUGCCCGCAGCGUGCCCGGCCUCUCCCUUCUGCAGGCCGCUGACCGCUCCCUCACUUCCUGUCACCUGACCUCUGACCUCCUCAUAGGCGACCUGGCCAUCACCCAGGGAAGGCACUACUGGGCAUGCUCGGUGGAGCCCGGCUCCUACCUGGUCAAGGUGGGAGUUGGACAGGAGGCCAAGCUCCAGGAGUGGUUCCACCUUCCCCAGGACAUGGCCAGCCCCCGCUAUGACCCAGACAGUGGCCAUGACAGUGGGGCUGAGGAUUCCCCAGACUCCUCCCCUCCCUUCUGCUUCCUCACCAUGGGCAUGGGCAAGGUCCUCUUACCCCAGGGGGCAGCAAACUUACACCACAGUACCCAUGGGAACAACCAUGGCCCUCCUACUGCCCCCCUGCCCCCGCGCCUCGGGGUUUGUCUGGACUUCGAAAAGGGGCGGGUCACGUUCUACGACGCCCACUCGCUGCGUACCCUGUGGGGGGGGCAUGUGGAUUGCUCUGCCCCUGUGUGCCCAGCCUUUUGUUUCAUUGGUGGAGGGGCACUGCAGCUGCAGGAGCUGGUGGCCAAUCGGAGCACAGAGGAGCCACUGCACAGAAGGGUCACCAUCCAAUCACGCGCCACCAAUUUAGGUAACUGAAGAAGUAUGGAGUGGAAUGAUUUGGAAAGACCCUUCAUCAACUUGAUGUUUACUGGUUUAUGUUUAGGUUUCAUUUGUAAUGUCUGCAACUGUUGAUGAUGUACAUUAUGCAGAAUAGAAGAAUGUCAAUGUCCCGGAAUCCAGGGGAUUAUAAAGCGUUCUGCAGGUUACAUCAGGAUACGUGUAUUCUGUGAUUCCAACUGUUGCUGUUGCUGUGUUGCUUCUGAAAAGGACUCAUGAGUGGGACGUUAACAGUUAAAUGACUCAUGAGUGGGACGUUUAUUGUUAAAUGACUCAUGAGUGGGACGUUAACAGUUAAAUGACUCAUGAG